AUGACGGUAUUGGUAAAAAUUUUAAAUAUUUCAAAAACCUCUGUAUCACGAACAAUUGAAUCUAACAACAGUGCUAUACUUCGUGCGAUAAAGAAAUCUACUCCGCGUUUAAACUUUACGCAGUUCGUAAAUUGUUCAACGGCAAAGACAAAUAAUAACAAACAGUAUUAUGAGCACUAUGUAGCAAGCUUUUUACCAAAAUUUAAAAUCGACAUUAUACAGAACCAUUUAUCAGAAACAAAAAAUUUAUCACAGUUAUAUUUAAUAAACCCCAACGUAGCUAAGGAGUUUGUAUUAUUAAUUAAGGAUGAUCUAUUAAAAAACACGAAUCAUGUGAUCGAAAUGAAUCCUGGUCUUGGUCUUCUGACAGUGGAAUUAUUGAAUGCCAAUGUACCGUUUAUACACAUGUACGAAAACCAAUCUAACUUUUACAAUGAACUGAUCAAAUUAUGUAAUGAAUUACCAGAAAGGUUAAGUAUAAAAGAAGCAAACCUUAUUGAUAUAUCAAAAACAAUGCAUUCAAAAAACAUUGUUAAAAAUAAACAUAACGUAUACGAUUUAUUUAACAAUGUACAGAACAAAGAAUGGGAGGAAGAAAGUUGUAUGCAACUGAUCGGUGUAGUAAACAAACUUGGGUUUAUAAAUCAUUUAAUAAUGAGCACGGUGUUUCAAACAAGCAUUGUAAUGUUUGGACGGCCAGUUUUAUAUCUUGCAAUACCUCCGUCCAUAUGGAACAAACUUGUAAAUCCUGCUAAAAGACGCAGCGCCACACAUAUUAUGUUUCAAAUGUUAUUUAACUACAAAAUGUUUGGACUGGUGGACAGGAAAGCAUUUGUACCAUGGUGCACGAAUAAAGCGAAAAGGACACAAGGCACGUGCGACCAGCAAGACAUUGUGUUUUUUCACGUCGUUAAAUUAGAACCGAAGCCUGAACUUUUCAUAUUGUUUCGUGGAAAACAAAAUGUGAAAAACUUUUGGCAUUUCGUUAGGCACAACAUAUAUAAACCAUCGAAUAGAAUAAUACCUAUAAUGGAAAAAAUAGUACCAGGUUGUGGUGUGAAAUUGAUAAAAAAGAAUUAUAAUAUUUUUACUCAAUUUAACGACUUGUCUCCUAUUCAAAUGUACGAUCUCUUUAUGGAAUUUCAAUCCUGGCCAGAAUACGAAACUAGUGCAUUCGUAUCAAGUGCGGCUGAAGUCCAUAAAAUGUAUAAUGAAUAUAUCGAAAGAGUAUAAUUAAUUACUAUAAUAAAUUAACAAUGUAAUUUUCAUUUUAUUGUAAUAAAAUAUUGUUUAAAAAUAUCAAUAUAUUCGUAAUCCAACUGAUUGUUUCUUAGUACUAUUCACCACUAAACACUCCGAUCGUACUUAAUUCUACGAACCGCCAAAAACUUCGACCGUCGUAGUUUCUUUGCGUUCGUGACGCACAUAUCUGUAUCUAUCAUUUGUACCAAAAUUUUCACGAUCGACAAAAAUAAACAAAACGUACGCAUAUAACGUCACCAUUCAAUAUCCGAAAAUCUUACCACGCAUCUAAUCUUUUCUAAUAUAUAUAUACACAAUACAAUCUAUUUACCAACAUUAUACCGAAAUGGAUCUGCACCGACAUGACAUCGUUUUAUUAUCAACAUACCAGUAUUCACAUAAUUCGGUUUCAUCGCACA